UCACAUUAUUUCUACAUGUGCCGGGUCGGCAGCUAAACUUCAGAUAAAAUACUCAAACGAAUCGAAGCGUCCAGAAACAAACGGAUUUUAAUUGCCACCAGUACAAAUACCAACAAUGUCUGCUGAGGAAGGACAGUUUGACAAUAUACUGCUGGCCGUGGCCGAAAAGCAUCGCGGUGGCGUGCCCGAUUUUCUUGGCACCUUGGCCAGUUUUCUGCGCCGCAAGACGGACUUCUUCACGGGAGCCAAGCAGGCGGAGUGGGAGAAACUGCUGCUGGAUGUGUUCAACAAGGAGUCCAAGCUGGCCAUCAGUGCCCACAACGAGAAGGUAAAGGCUCGCGAAGCCUCCCAGCGCAUUAAGGAGGAAAAGGAGAGGGCCGAAAGGGAAGCCCGCAAGAAGGAAAUCGACGAUAACAAAAUAUGUGAUAUCACCGACGAAGAGGCAGCCGCCAUUAUCAAGGAGGAGGAGAACAAAAAACGCCAGCAGCUGCUGGAUAGCGCUGGUGGAGAGCCAGCUGCCUCGAAUCGCGAUGACAUAUCCAAGCCCAUCGAAAAAGUGGACGAUGACUCCGAGAAGAGUGAGGUGGGCAAGCUGCUGCCGAAUGCAGGCAAUGGCUGCACCUUGGACAAGUACAACUGGACACAAACACUACAGGAGGUAGAGCUCAAGAUUCCGUUUAACGUAUCAUUCGCACUACGUGCCCGUGAUCUAGUCGUCAGUAUUGGAAAGAAGUCGCUGAAGGUGGGCAUCAAAGGUCAGGAGCCCAUUAUCGAUGGCGAGCUGUGCGGCGAGGUGAAGCAGGAGGAGUCCGUGUGGGUCUUGCAAGACAGCAAAACCGUGAUGAUCACUCUCGAUAAGAUCAACAAGAUGAACUGGUGGAGCCGCCUGGUCACAACCGAUCCGGAGAUAUCUACGCGCAAGAUCAAUCCAGAGUCUUCCAAGCUUUCCGAUCUGGAUGGGGAGACGCGCAGCAUGGUGGAGAAGAUGAUGUUCGAUCAGCGGCAGAAGGAGAUGGGUCUUCCCACCAGUGAGGAUCGCAAAAAGCAGGACAUACUUGAGAAGUUUAAGCAACAGCAUCCUGAGAUGGACUUCUCCAAGUGCAAAUUCAAUUAAUCAAACAUUCUCAACUGUACCAGUAACCUUUCGCUUUCGCACUCUUGUCACUUUUUCACAUUUUAAAUGUGAGUUCUUCUUCAUUUUCCAACCACUCAAUAAACUAAUGCAAGCAAAUAAAAA